GUAGGAAGCGUUACCUUUUAAGACAGUGUUAGCUUGGCGUUUAAGGUGGCAUUCUGUCGUAAAUUAGAGAAGUGACGUUAAGAAUGUUGGGAAAGCGGGAGAGUUGAAGUUUUUGUCGGUAUACUGAAUGUACAAUAUAAGUUUAUCCCGUAUUAAGGGAUGAUAACUCGCUAAUCACAGUACGUAGCUCUUUGACACGUUCUUCUACGAAAUGUUAAAUGAAUGCAUAAUGUUAUGUCUCCUUAAUUAAAAUGGGAAUUCUGCCCAGUACGUUUGUAUUUUAGUUUUUGGUGUGGUGACAUCCACUUGUCCCGAAGAUUGUUGGGAUUCUGAAGACCUCCUUAUUGGAAGGACUAAUUGCAGUUUUGAUUUUGGUAUGGUAGUAUACAGUUAUGUAGCCCAGUACUCUGACUAUGAGAAGAUCAGCUGCUCCAAGUCAGCUGCUAGGCAAUGCAGCGAAGAAAAUGAAAUUUAUACCUCCUGCCAAAAUCACAGCAGACUGUGUACUGAAAGAACAGAAGACACAAGCAUCUGUCACCAGAGCUCCUGAGGAGUGCAACCAAAAAGAAGAUGGUCCCUUAUCUUCACGGGCUUUGGCUCGGAUCUGUGGUCUUAAUUUAGAUUCUGCAGAUCAUUUAGAAAACUGUUUACUGAAAGGCAAUGGCUGUAAACAAGCAAACGUGGAGCUAGUACAUCACAAACAAACAGAUGGGAAGCUACCUGAGCAGCAUCAUAAGUCAGGCAGCCUGUUUAUGAAGCCCAAACUAUGUCACAAGUCCCAGGCUGAACCAGAGGUCCAUGAAGAAGAAGCCAAGACCAUUACCAAGUAUUAUAGUGUUGUUUGGUGCAAAGCUUCAAAGAAAAAACACAAAAAAUGGGAAGGGGAUGCAGUUUUAAUCACCAAGGGAAGAUCACUGGUAUUAAAAGACAUGGAAGGCAGAGAUAUAGGAAAAGGCUCAGGCUACAAGUCCAAGGAAUUGGAAAGCCUAGAUGAAGGUCAGACAUUGAUGAUCGGUGGCAAAGAGAUUGAAGUUACAGGGGUAAUCACAGAAGAGGACUUCACCAGUGGCCGGUGUUUUCAUUCAGUUACAGCAACCCCCCAUGCUUCAUGUCCUAAGGUCUCCCAGGUGACUGUAAAAGCAUUUUCUAAUCCAGUAAAGGAUGCCUGUAGAUCACACUCAGCAAGUCAUAUAAAAAAGGAUGUCUUGAACUGCCAACCUUUAUAUGAUCCAACAACAUCAGAUGCAAUGGUCAUGCCGCGUCCAACACUUCAGCACCAGUGGAUCUUCAAUAAAGCUGGGUUGCCAUUGGUGGACGUUGUUAUUGAUCCUCACGUGGCUGUUCAUCUUCGACCACAUCAAAGGGAGGGUGUUGUGUUUCUUUAUGAGUGUGUGAUGGGCAUGAGAGCAAAUGCUAGGUUUGGAGCCAUUCUUGCAGAUGAAAUGGGUUUAGGAAAGACUCUUCAGUGCAUCACACUGCUCUGGACUCUUCUUCGACAAGGACCCUACGGAGGAAAGCCAGUGAUAAAAAGAGCCCUUGUUGUUACUCCAGGAAGUCUUGUCAAAAACUGGAACAAAGAAUGUAAGAAAUGGCUGGGUUCAGAGAGGCUAAAGGUGUAUGCAGUUGAUCAAGUUCACAAAGCAGAAGAAUUUUUGAAUUCUCCACUUUAUCCUGUCCUUAUUAUCAGCUAUGAAAUGCUACUGCGUUCCUUGGAUCAUAUUCAGCGUGUUGACUUUGGCCUUAUAAUUUGUGAUGAAGGGCAUCGCUUGAAGAAUACAUCUAUUAAGACUGCUUCAGCCCUUCUCAGUUUGACAUGUGAAAGAAGGAUAAUCCUUACUGGUACCCCAGUUCAAAAUGAUCUUCAGGAAUUCUAUGCUAUAAUAGAGUUUGUGAACCCAGGAAUCCUUGGUUCUUCAUGCACUUACAGAAAAAUAUACGAGGAGCCUAUUCUGCGAUCUCGGCAACCUUCAUCAACAAUGGAGGAAAAGGAGCUUGGAGAAGAAAGGGCAGCUGAACUUGCACGCUUGACUGGACUUUUCAUUCUCCGAAGGACGCAGAUGACUAUCAGCAGUUACUUGCCUCCCAAACUGGAAUACAUUGUCUUCUGUCGUCCAACAGCUGUGCAGCUGACACUCUAUCGAAAACUGCUUGCUUCCGGUGUUGUGAGGUCCUGCCUGCUUGGACGACUAGAGAACAGUCCACACCUUGUGUGCAUCGGUGCACUAAAGAAACUUUCAAAUCACCCUUUACUGCUUUUUAAUGCUAUCAAGAAAAAAGAAGCAGUUCAGAAAAAUGAUGAAGCAAUGGAAAACACCUUGUAUGAAGGUGUGGCUGACUUAUUCCCUGAAGAUUUUAAUCCUGAUCAAUGUGCUGAAAAAGAUUCCGGAAAGUUACAAGUGUUAUCUCAGCUGCUGGCAGCCAUUCAUGGACGGGGCCCAGCAGAACGGGUUGUUUUGGUUUCUCAUUACACACAGACACUGGAUCUCCUGCAGAGAAUAUGCAAAUACUAUGGAUAUAAAUGUGCUCGGCUUGAUGGACAAACCCCAGUGUCUCAGCGCCAACAUAUAGUCGAUGGAUUUAAUAGUAAAUAUUCUUCUGACUUCAUUUUCCUGCUUAGCUCCAAAGCUGGAGGAUUAGGACUGAAUCUGGUGGGAGCAUCGCAUCUAAUUUUAUUUGACAUAGACUGGAAUCCGGCUAAUGAUAUUCAGGCUAUGGCCAGGGUAUGGAGAGAUGGGCAGAAGCAAACCGUGCACAUAUACAGACUUCUAACUACAGGUACAAUAGACGAGAAAAUUUAUCAGCGGCAGAUCAGUAAGCAGGGCUUGUCGGGUGCUGUUGUGGAUAUAACCAAGAAGUCUGAACAUAUCAGCUUUUCCACGGAGGAACUCCAGGAUCUUUUUACACUGCACGAAGAUUCCAGCUGUGCUACCCAUGAUUUGCUGGAGUGCCACUGUAAUGGAGCAGGAGAUUGUAAUGGAAUUUCUGUUCCAGAGAAGAGUACUGCACAAAGAAGUUGUCAACUUGGCACAAAAUUUGAGAAGGCAGAUUCACAGCGACAUCUCUCAAUGUCAGAAUUAAUGCAGUGGAAGCAUUUUUCUGGAACAUUUCCCGAUUUUCCUAAUACUUUCCUUCAGCAAGCAAGAGAAAAUAUAAGCUUUAUCUUUUCCAACUCUACAAACCAUCUAGAUGUUUCUGUUCAUCAGCAAAACACAUAGGACUGCAUUCAGAAAAGAGAUUCCCUCAUCUUGUUUUUAUUGAUUAGGCAUGCCUAUCUUUUAGCUUCUCCCAUGACAUUUGACUUGCUUCUUACUGUCUGUGCUGCAGUAUGGCUGCCAGCAGCACACAUUCUUGUUACUGCAUGCAGCCUUGGACCAAACUUAA